AUGGAUAAUCGUUCCAGAAGUAGUUCAUUGGCGAGCAACGUAAGAAUUAAAAGUUACUCUUCUCUAUCGUCUCAUUCAAAUAGUAAUAGCAAUAGUAAUGGAAGAUCAAUAGAAGCUCCCGCAGUAAGAAGACCAAGUGAUAAUUUGUUAGCAUCUGAAUCAAAAAAAAAUGAACUAGACCAAGAUUAUCUGAAUGCUAUUAAUUUACAAAAUCAUACAAAGAGUUCCUCCUGCAUAGGAAGUGCUUUAACCGGUCAUGUUGUUCCUGUCAAGGAAAGACCAAUAUCCAAUGACUCAAUUUCUACAAGAAAUACUGAUCUAUUCUCAUCUACCUCUAUAUAUACAAAGAAUUCAUCUUCGGAGGAUAUAUUUAACGAUGGAGAUAGUAAUGGAACUGAUGAUACCAGUAAUAUUACCUCGAAACCUGAAAACUGUAAUUAUUUAUUAAAUAGAAAAGAAUCAAUUAUAAGUGAAGGGCAAAUAACAAAUUCAACUCCAACUCCAGCUCCAACUCCUAUACCAGGAUCUAACAACAUAUAUACGCAUCAUUUUGCACCUUCAAACCCUUUACUUCGUAGUAAAACUGCUUUGACACCUUCCCAACAAUAUAAGUUACAUAGAGUGAGAAGUGACAGUUUACUAAGAAACAUUAUAAAUACUAACGACAGGAAUUUAUUCAAUUCAAGUAAUCUGAUAUUACAAGAACAUGAUGAUGAAGAUGAUGAUAACGAAGAAGUUCAAAUUGAUGUGAAUAAUAACUCUUUGAAUUGGAAUGUUCCUAUGGCAUCUGUGUCAACCACUUCAUUCAUUAAUUCUGUAACAAAUGAUACUGAUAUUCCAACUCAUGUCAAAAAAUCAAAAAGGAAAAACCAUCCUACAGGUUUAUACAGGGCAUCUACAUAUACAUCUUCAUACACAACUAUCAAUGGCAGGCACACUCCAUCAUAUGUACCAGAAAGCCCUUAUGACAUAGCUUUACCCACUACACCUAUACCUGGUAUAAGUAAUGUUUCAGAUUUGGAGUAUAUGAGAGAUACAUCUAAGUCAUUAUCUGCUCUGUAUUUACAAUCUUCAGGGAAGCUAUCAGAGUCAAGAUUAGCUCAACGUACUAGAUCUUCUAGUUUGCUACCAUUAGAAUUCAAAGAAGCUUCUGAUCAUGGAAUGGAAAACUUGCUACUAGUUUCAAAUCAUAAGAGAUCGUUUACUACAACAACUAGACCAUGUUGGUUACCUCCAAAGGAUCCUAUGGAAAUAAAAUCACAUGAAAAACAAAUAUCACAACAUUUAGAUGAAGUCUCAGUAUUUGAGUUGCAAAGAAAUAAUUCAUUUCAGGAUCAUGUUCACAAUAAUAAAGUAAACCAAGAUAGACUACAGACGAUUAUCGAUAGAGGACUAACAAGGAACUCAUCUUUGAAGAUUCUUAAGGAAAUUAUUUGGGAAAACAGUUUGCCGGAUGAUUUAAGAUUAUCAAUUUGGAAUGAAAUUUUGCAGUCUUCUGACAAUUUAAUAUCAAACAAUUAUAUCGAAUCUUUUGAUAGUAUCAAUGAAAUAUAUUCUAAUUUACAAUUUCCUAGAUCAAAGGAAUUAGAAAUUAUGAAGUUAAUCGAUAAGAAUAUUAAAAGCAAAUAUGGCGAUAAUCUUGAAAUAUCAGAAAAUCUGUUAUAUUUAUUGAAAUUAAAAUCUCUAUCGCAACAAGGUCUAGUCACUGGUGAUGAGCUCCUUUUCCAUCAUUUUAUAUAUGAUAAAUCAUUUAAAUUCUCAUUGAAUGAUGUUUGGACAAUGGUUAAUCUAAUUCAAAAGACAUGUUUUAAUGAUAUUUGCAAAGAUUUUUAUGAUCAUCAGAUUGUUAAUGGCAAUAAAGUAUUUGCUCAGUAUAUCGGAAAUAAUGAAGAAUUUAGUAAAGAAAACAAUUCAACAUGCUUAAAUUAUGGUACUUUAUGGAAUAUUUUGGAACGUAUGGACCAUAACAUCUUCAUGUGGAUACUUGAUAUUAUUAUUAUUCAUAAUUCUCAGAAUUUUAAAAAUUCUAGUAUUAGUAAAUCAAAUAUCAAUAACGAAAUAACUUGGGAUAUUUACAGAACAAAAAACGUUGUCGUAAAUUACAAAAUUUUGUUAUCUUUUACUUUGUUGAUUUUAUUGAAAUAUCAUUUUGGUUUUAACAAUUUAUCCGAGUUAUCAUUAUUAAAUGAUAAACAAUUUUGUAUUCCAGUUGCAUCAAAAAAUGUUCAAGAUGAAUGGCAUUUUACUAGCAUGUUCAUAAGAAAAUGGAACUAUUAUUACAAGAAAUUUUGA